AUGUCUCCGAGCAAGAAUGCGCAAUCCGUCGCGGCUGAGCUCUCUCUUGUUCAUCUGAAAAACUGCCUGGUCAAUCUUCCACCUUCCCUAGUGUCUCUGCUGCUCAAUUUGAACACGCCGGUUCAAAACGUCAUUGUCGAGCUUACCUGCAAAUCCGUCGUGCCCGGUAACCCCUCGUCACCGCCGCAGUCAGUGUUUGUAGGAUGGACGGGCAUGCCCAGCAAGAGGAGGGCUGCUGCUCCGCUCGUGAGCCGAGGGCCGCGAGAGCAAGAGUUGCAAGUCGUUGAGAUGGAUGCGACCUUGGCCAACACUUUGGGGCUUUCCGAAGGUCUCAAGGUUGCGGCACAAGUACAUGUCGACCCCCCCGUUGCGCAUACCAUCAAUAUCGAGCCGUUGACUCCUGAGGAUUGGGAGAUGAUUGAACUACAUGCCACGUUUCUCGAACUCAACCUCCAGUCGCAGAUUCGGGCCCUCCCCAAUCCCUUCUACAAGAACGGUGCCACGCCGGUUUCCCCUCAUUCGCUGACGCUGCACCUCUCGCCUACAUCCACUGCCAGCAUCAAAGUCGUCUCGCUAGAUCCUGCGCCGCCGGCCGACGUGGCUUUCGUCAAGCUCUCGCCCAAUGCCGAAGUAAUCGUGGCUCCCAAAACGAGGGCCAAGCCCUCGCUCAACGGCAGCGACCGCCGCAGCGUCGCCAGCACUUCGAAAUCCCGACGCAGUGGCGGCAGCACCGUCCGGAGAAGAAGUGCGAGAGACGACCCGAAACCCACAAUGUUCCUUCGAGCUGUUGAGCGCGCUGUCUGCCGGGAAUGGUUCGAGGAUGCAUUGCUGAAUCCCGACCUCAGCGUCUGGGUCGAGCGCGAGCGCCUACUCGCCAGCGCGUUCCAGGGGGUAAAGUACGUCGUCGUCGACAUUGUCAAGCCGGCCGGGCUGCAAAAGCCACAGCUAGAGGACGGCAAGGCUGCGGCGAAUACCAUGGUCUCGGCAAAGGUUGUCGCCCGGUUGAAGCCUUGGGACGACCCUCCCGAUGGAAACGUUGCCGCCCUGUCCUCGCCGUUGUGCGCAGUGCUUGGCUGUCCUGGCAUCGUCGGCGGAGUGGUCAAGAUCCAGGCUGCACCGCCGCCACUUCCAAAGGGAGCUGUUCAGAGUGUAAAGGUCUUCCCCUUUGCCGGCGGCUCAAAGGCCCACCAAGGCCUCAAGUUUGGCAGUGACUCCAAAGCUGAAAAGGAAGAAUCUGCCAAGCGAUUUCGGCACAUGUACUCCGGCGCCAACAACACCGAGGGUCUCCUGCAAGGCCCCAUAACGGAUGGCAUGGUCGUAGGGGUCUACAGUGAACUGGGAGCUCCUCAGGGAUGGGAAGGCGGCUUCGUCAAGUUUGAGCCCGGCCCGGAGCCCGGCCCGGAACACGCGUCGCAGGAUCACGGUAAGGAUGCAGUAGUCUGGACUGCCGGACUGGACGACAAGACUCAUAUCGAGUUUCAGCAACCUCAAGCUCGACCGCCCUGGAUCGCCAACUCGGACGUCUUUGAGCUACUGCCCAAGAACGAUUCCGUUCUCGUGGGAAUCGACUCGCUGCUGGAAAACCUACAGAAGCAGCUGGCCCAUCUCUCGUCGGUUCUUCUGACCGGGGGAAUGGGAUCAGGCAAGACGUCCGUGGCGAAGCACAUGGCUGGAAAGCUACGUCAAGAGUCUCUAUUCUACAGCCUUUACUUCUCCUGCCGCAAGCUAGUCAAUGACGAAACCAGAACAUCGACAAUCAAAGAAACACUGACCCGCAUAUUCAUGUCAGCAAGCUGGGGGGCCCGUCUUGGCGGCAAGGCCAUUGUCAUUUUGGACGAUGUUGACAAGCUGUGUCCAGCUGAGACGGAGCUGCAGGUAGGAAACGACAACGGUCGAAGCAGACAGGUGAGCGAAACCUUGCGCUCCAUUGCUAAGCAGUUCUGCUCCAGAGGCAGUGGCGUCGUCCUGCUUGCCACUGCCGAGGGGAAGGACUCGGUCAACAAUGUCGUCGUCAGCGGUCCCGUGGUUCGAGAAAUUGUCGAGUUGAAAGCUCCCGACAAAGAGGCUAGAAGGAGGGUCAUGGAGUCCAUUGCCUGCCAGCAUGCUGUCCAAAGAACGCUGUCAAAACCGUCCGACGACCUGGAGGAUGACACGAGCCGUCCUGCCACGGCUGACGGUGCUGAUGAUAUUGCUGGUGACAGCGAGGCCUGGUUGCAUGGCACGGACUCCGCGAAGCCGGGAUCGAAACUCGCAGGAUUCACCAUGGACCCUGACCUCGACUUUCUGGACAUGGCUGGGCUAACGGACGGGUAUAUGCCCGGAGAUCUAAGCAUACUGGUGUCGAGGGCGCGCAACGAGGCCAUCAUCAGAUCCAUCAUCACCGACUCCCCAUCUGAUUCCAUCAACAGCCCUGUCCGGCUCGGUCGCGUCGACUUUGAAAAGGCCCUCAAAGGCUUCACCCCUGCCUCGCUUCGUAACGUGCCGCUGCAGAGCUCGACGACGACGUUCAAGUCCAUUGGAGGUCUGCGCGAAACGCGGCGUGUCUUGCUGGAGACGCUGGAGUAUCCCACAAGGUACGCCCCGAUUUUCGCCCAGUGCCCUCUCCGACUCCGGUCCGGCCUGCUUCUGUACGGCUAUCCCGGUUGCGGCAAGACACUGCUCGCCAGCGCUGUCGCUGGCGAGUGCGGCCUGAACUUUAUCAGCGUCAAGGGCCCGGAGAUCCUCAACAAGUACAUUGGCGCCUCGGAGAAGAGCGUGCGCGACCUGUUUGACCGCGCCCAGGCGGCCAAGCCCUGCGUCCUCUUCUUCGACGAGUUCGACUCCAUCGCCCCGAAGAGAGGCCACGACUCGACCGGCGUCACUGACCGGGUGGUCAACCAGCUGCUUACCCAGAUGGACGGCGCCGAAGGACUCUCCGGCGUCUACGUCUUGGCAGCCACCUCACGUCCCGACCUCAUCGACCCCGCUCUUCUGCGGCCGGGGCGUCUGGACAAGUCCCUGCUGUGCGAUCUUCCUUCGCUGCAAGACCGGCUGGACAUCAUCAAGGCGCUGUUUCACAAAGCCAGGUUGUCGGCCGAACUGACGGAUUCCGAUGACGGGUUGACGGAGAUGGCCCGGCGUACCGAAGGCUUCUCCGGUGCUGAUAUGCAGGCACUCGUGUCUAACGCGCAGCUCGAGGCCAUCCACGGUGUUCUCGAUGGGAAUAACGCCACCGUGUCCUCCAAGGUCGGCCAAGGAGCCAGCAAAAACGCCACUACGACCGGGGGCUCGACGCCUAGCUUUGUACAGUUCCUCUACGGUCCCGAUGCGGCCGCAAACGGGGGCUGCGUUCCACAGAGCAAGUCGGCCGCCAUGGUCGAAAACGCCGCCAUCAUGUCCAAACUGGAGCAAAUCAAGUCGUCCCGCAAACAGGCCAAGCUAGCCAAAAGGGGCUACGGCUGGCUGGAGGCCGGAACCAAGGAGGACUCCCGCUUAGCCGCCGAGCAGAAAGAGGUGGUCAUCCAUUGGGACCACCUGGUCAAGGCUCUGGAGAAGACGAGAGCCAGCAUCAGCGACGAGGAGAAGGCUCGUCUGCGCAAGAUUUAUCACGAGUUUGUUGUUGGGAGAAGUGGACAGAUGAAGGACGGGCAGGGCAGUAUGGAGAUUGGCGGGCGCAGCAGCCUGAUGUAG